AAAACGGUCCAAGUUGAACAUCAGACCCGUUGUGCGGCACUUGCCAUGUUUUGCCAUGGUCUUGCGUUUGCAAGAGCUGCGGCAACAAACGCGGCAAUGGUUUCCAGGUGCCUGGAACAUUCACUUCGUCCAGGCCGUCGCUGCUUCGCGACUCCAAAGGCUAGGCGUCCCUUGCGGCCAAAGGAGGAGCUGCUGAGAGAUGCCACGCACCACGACGUGCCGGUUCGGCGGCGAGCUGUGAAGGACCUGGGGAAGUACCGGGAAGAUGGUGAGGCCAUUGAUGCUGUGGCCAAGGCCCUUGGCGACGAAGAUGUUGCUGUCCAAUUGGCCGCUCAAGGUGCGAUGUCCAAAGUGGCUGACAUUGGGGAUGAGCGCACGGUCAGAGUGACCCUCGAGCGCGUCUCCAGCACUUGUGAGUGGACGCGGAUUGCAGCUCUUAGCACAUUAGCAGAUAUCACGGGGAAGUUCGGCGAUGCCACUAGAGGCACUGCACUGGACUUUAAGGUAGAUACUGCUGUGCGUGGACGAUUGGAGGACAGCGACUGGGGUGUCAGAAGAGCUGCGAUCGACACAAUGGCUUCACGAGCCAAGCCGAACUGUGACGAGACCUUGGAAGCGGCCAAGAAGCUGCUGGAGGACCAGAUGGGCACUGUGAGGGAGUCGGCGAUCAAGGCCAUCGCAGCAUUGGUUCCGAAGGGAAGCCGUGAGGCUAUCGACUGGGUGUCUCCCAG